AUGCCGGGGUCUCAGUCUCCCAGCCCGAGCACCUCGGGCGUCUGCAGGAUGCGAAGUGCGCGCGGGCAGCCGGGCGGGACCGGGUGGCGGAAAAUGGACUUGGAGGUUAGUGAACCAAUAGACUUUAGUUCUGGAGAUCAUCAAUAUCUGGUUCGGAAAACAGCAGAUCAAAACCCCGAUUCUAAAUCUGGUCGGCAAGAACCACGGUCCUCAGCUGAACCCCAAAAAACUCAGCAUAAGCCACUAACAGAAAGCGCUAAUGAGCGGUUGAAUACUUUUGUGGUACAAGUUUUUGAUGAGCCCAACACAAAUAACAGCAAUGAAAAUUUUCCCUCUGCAUUCACUGAGGCAGCAACCCGCAAAGCUUUCAUUACAAAAGUGUUCUUCAUCCUGUCAGUUCAGUUGUUGGUCACUGUAGCAAUUAUGAGCGUGUUUAUUUUCUGCGUAGCAUAUAUUGUGGUAACUAUUGUACUUGCUUGCUGUGGGCAACUCCGCCGCCAGGUGCCUGCAAAUUACAUUCUCCUGGGAUUGUUUACGAUUCUUCAAGGUCUGAUGCUAGGAAUUGUGACAGAUUUCUAUAAUGUCAAUGAAGUAUUGUGGGCAACAGCAGCAACCACUCUGGUGACCCUGUCACUCACUUUAUUCGCUCUACAAACAAAAUGGGAUUUUACCUUGCUAAAUGGAAUGCUGUUCGUUGUCUUCGUUGUAUUUUUCAUCUUUGGAAUUAUCAUGAUAUUCGUACGAACAUAUUGGUUGCACCUGCUGUAUGCUGGAAUCGGAACUGUGAUUUUCUCAUUAUACUUGGUGGUGGAUGUGCAGCUCAUGAUGGGAGGGCACCACCGUUACUCCCUGAACCCUGAAGAGUAUAUUUUUGCUGCUCUGAACAUCUAUUUGGACAUUAUCAACCUUUUCCUCCUUAUUUUGCAAUUGAUUGGUGGCAGAUAG